GCCCACAGCGGCUCGCGCUCAACCGCACGAGCGGCGAGGCGGGAAAAGAAAGCGCGAGCUGAAGAUGGCGGGGUUACCGAGGGAUACAACCCGGAGCAGCGCGGAACCCUGAUAACGCUGACAGCAGAGGGGGAGCACACCGCUCAGAACCCUCUCUCUGUCGGAUGGAUACAGCAGAGCCCCUUUGAGAAGUAGUGCCGGUCAGCAGAGGGAUUAAUUUUGGCCGGCACUUGUGGGAAGGACACACACGUCCUGCAGGCACUCAUCGGUGACGGACUGUUCCAGCAGACACUGAGCUCCAAUCAUGUCGAAGUCUAAGGAUAUGGGUUCUUCCAUCAUCCACACCCAGCAGCUUCAUGCUGCUAUGGCUGACACUUUGCUGGAGCACAUGUGCCUGCUGGACAUCGACUCCGAGCCUGCAGUUUACCGCAACACUGGCAUCAUCUGCACCAUCGGACCAGCUUCUCGCUCUGUUGAGAAGCUGCGUGAGAUGAUCAAGGCCGGCAUGAACAUUGCACGUCUGAACUUCUCUCACGGAACUCACGAGUAUCAUGCAGAAACCAUCAAGAAUGUACGCGAAGCCACUGAGAGCUUUGGACCUGGAACCUUUGAGUACAGACCUGUGGCCAUUGCUCUGGAUACCAAAGGUCCUGAGAUCAGGACUGGACUUAUUAAAGGCAGUGGCACUGAAGAGGUGACGCUAAACAAGGGGGAUAAAAUCAAGCUGACCCUGGAUGACAAAUACAAGGACAACUGUGAUGAGAAAACCCUGUGGUUGGAUUACAAGAACAUCACCAAGGUGGUUCAGCAGGGCAGCCAUAUCUACGUCGAUGAUGGUCUCAUUUCACUCAAAGUCAUUGAAGUUGGUGGUGACUACUUGACCUGUGAGAUUGAAAAUGGUGGCAUGCUGGGCAGCAAGAAAGGUGUGAACCUGCCUGGCGCUAACAUUGACCUGCCCGCCGUGUCAGAGAAGGACACUCAGGACCUGCAGUUCGGUGUGGAGCAGGGAGUGGACAUGGUGUUCGCCUCCUUCAUCCGCAAGGCCGCCGAUGUGCAGGCUGUCAGGAAAGUGCUGGGAGAGAAGGGCAAGGAGAUCAGGGUCAUCAGCAAACUGGAGAAUCACGAGGGUGUGCGCAGAUUUGAUGAGAUUCUGGAGGCUAGUGAUGGUAUCAUGGUUGCACGUGGAGACAUGGGUAUUGAGAUCCCCACAGAAAAGGUUUUCCUCGCUCAGAAGAUGAUGAUCAGCCGCAGCAACAGAAUUGGCAAACCCAUCACGUGUGCCACACAGAUGUUGGAGAGCAUGAUUAAGAAACCACGCCCCACUCGUGCUGAGAGCAGUGAUGUGGCCAAUGCCGUGUUGGAUGGCGCUGACUGCAUCAUGCUUAGUGGAGAGACAGCCAAGGGAGAGUACCCUGUGGAGUCUGUGAGGACACAGCACCAGAUUGCCCGUGAGGCUGAGGCAGCCAUGUUCCACAGGCAGGUAUUUGAGGAGCUGCGCCGCAUCACCCAUCUGACCCGUGACCCCUGCGAGUCUGUGGCCAUUGGUGCUGUGGAAGCCUCUUUCAAAUGCUGUGCCAGCGGUAUCAUUGUUCUCACCAAAUCUGGCAGGUCAGCUCAUCUGCUGUCUAAAUACAGACCCCGUGCCCCCAUCCUGGCCGUGACCCGUAACGAGCAGACAGCACGUCAGAGCCAUCUGUACCGUGGCAUCUACCCUAUCCUAUACAACAAGCCUGCCAAUGAUGUGUGGGCUGAGGACGUGGACCUGCGUGUCAACUUCGCCUUGGAGAUGGGCAAAUUCAGGAAGUUCUUUAAGUCUGGGGACGUGGUGAUUGUUGUCACUGGCUGGCGCCCUGGCUCCGGAUACACCAACACCAUGCGCGUGGUUCUGGUGCCUUGAGCUCCGUUAAGAACUGUACCUCUCUCCCAAGCACCCAUUCCCCUCCUCCUUCCUCCUUUUUCCAUUUAGAUACUGCUUUCCUCAUCAUCCUAUAGCUAUAUUUAAGCAACAGCAAAGCUACCAAAUCUCCCUUCAUCCAGAAGUUUUUAGCAGGCCGUCACAACAGUGCCGUUCACUGUGACAGUUCUCUACACCACUCUACACUAAUCCCCAGCAACCUGGUGUUUCAUCCUUUCACAUCCAGACCCCUCACAACACUUUGUCUGUACUCCGUUUGACUGUUGUCUUCCAUGCUGAGUUUUGGUUGGUAUCUCAUGCUUUGUUGAUAAGCUGUGUGUAAGCUAAGUGGCUGAUAGGAAAUUCCAUGAUGAAAAGGGUCAUGAUAAAGCUCAGGGUGCCAACUGUUGCUCUGUGGGAGGCAGUUGGCUGUAGAUCAACACAAAGUCCUGUAUUGUGUGUGGGGUGUGGUGAGGGAUUUUGGGACUUCAGAAAGCACAGGAUGCCCUCCAAACCUCUCUCUGUUAUUCAAGCACUCUCGCUGUUCAUUCUACCCACUGUCGACUGGCAUUCUGAGACUGAUAAGAUGUAUAUCUGCUGUAUGAAAGUGCUCUGAGGCUGGAUUUCCAUCUAUUAAACGGAUGAUCACCUGA